CUCAUUUCUCUCUGUCUCUCUCCCUCAAAGUAAAAAAAGAUGCCGGCCGUCGGCGUUGCUACCGGUCCCGGCAACGGGAAAGAAUACCCAGGAAAUCUGACCAUCUUUGUCACCAUCACUUGUAUAGUGGCUUCCAUGGGCGGUCUCAUAUUCGGUUACGAUAUUGGAAUUUCAGGUGGAGUUACUUCUAUGAAUCCAUUCUUGGAGAAGUUUUUCCCGUCGGUUUACAGGAAACAGAAUGAAGACAAGUCUGUGAACCAGUAUUGCAAGUUUAACAGCGAGACUUUGACUUUGUUCACGUCUUCUUUGUAUUUAGCGGCACUUAUCUCGUCACUUGUGGCAUCUACGGUUACGAGGAAGUUGGGUCGGAAGUUAUCUAUGUUGGCUGGAGGUGUUCUGUUUUUGAUCGGAGCUUUCAUAAAUGGAUUUGCUCAGGCUGUUUGGAUGCUUAUUUUCGGUCGUAUUCUUCUAGGUUUUGGUAUCGGAUUUGCUAAUCAGUCGGUACCAUUGUAUCUUUCGGAGAUGGCACCAUAUAGAUACCGAGGAGCACUCAACAUAGGAUUUCAGCUCUCCAUCACAAUCGGUAUUCUCGUUGCCAACAUCCUCAACUACUUCUUUGCGAAAAUGAAGAACGGCGAAGGCUGGCGUUAUAGUCUCGGCGGUGCCAUGGUACCCGCCAUCAUUAUCACGAUCGGAUCUCUCCUCCUUACCGAAACUCCCAACUCAAUGAUCGAGCGUGGCAAGCACGACGAGGCCAGGGACAAGUUACGUCGAAUAAGAGGUGUCGAUGACGUGGAUGAGGAACUGAGGGAUCUGGUGGCUGCUAGCGAGCAGUCGAGACAAGUGGAGCAUCCGUGGAGGAAUUUGUUGCAACGCAAGUAUAGACCUCAAUUGACAAUGGCCAUUCUCAUCCCUUUUUUCCAACAACUAACAGGAAUUAAUGUCAUCAUGUUCUAUGCCCCGGUUCUUUUCAAGACUAUCGGGUUUGGGAGUGAAGCCUCCCUCAUGUCGGCAGUCAUUACUGGCGUGGUGAAUGUCGGGGCUACCUUGGUUUCGAUUUACGGUGUUGAUAAGUGGGGUAGAAGAUCUUUGUUCCUAGAAGGUGGCAUUCAAAUGUUGAUUUGUCAAAUUGUAAUUGCGGCAUGUAUUGGUGCCAAAUUUGGGGUGAAUGGGACUCCGGGAGAACUACCCAAGUGGUAUGCCAUAGUUGUGGUUCUCUUUAUUUGUCUUUAUGUCUCGGCUUUUGCUUGGUCAUGGGGUCCAUUGGGAUGGUUGGUGCCGAGUGAGAUCUUUCCGUUGGAGAUUCGAUCAGCUGCCCAAAGUAUUAAUGUGUCGGUUAACAUGAUUUUCACAUUCGCGGUUGCUCAAGUCUUUCUAAACAUGUUGUGUCACCUCAAGUUCGGGUUGUUCAUCUUCUUUGCAUUUUGGGUUGUAGUCAUGACCAUUUUUAUCUACUUCUUCUUACCCGAAACCAAGAACAUUCCGAUUGAGGAAAUGGUGGUUGUGUGGAAGGAACAUUGGUUUUGGUCGAGAUUCAUCUCCGAAGUCGAUUACGCUAAUGGAAGAGCUGUCGAGAUGGGCGACAAGGCUGCUAGUUUCGUUAAAUAUGUUUAAGUCACGAUAAACAUUAUCAUUAUUGUUAUAGUUUGUCAUUAUAAUUACUUACCAUAAGAAGUUUCUAGGAUUAUGAUUUCCAUCCUUAAUGUUUUCUUGG